CGUUCUGCCUUUUAAAGAAAAGGCAUCGUAACCUUGGCAAGCGCUACUCCAAGCGUUUGCACUGCGCAUGCCUAGCUAUGUUGUAACGUUUAAGCGUCGCUUACUAUACUUUUCCCUGGUACUACCUAUACGAGUACAAGAUGUAUUCAGGAUCGAGCUUCUACGCGAAUCGGCAGCAGGGCGGAGAGUCGGGUACACGCCAACUACACUCGCGGACAUGGGUCACAGAACCGCCACCGUUCGGUGCUGCCUGUGACCGCUUCUCCCCACCUACGGGCCCCCCUCGCACCUGCAGCCCCGACCACUACCAUGUGGCCUACCGGGACAUCGUCAACCCACCCAAAUGGACGGCCAAGGGCUGGGUGGGUGUGGACGACUUCAUCAAACCGCGUCGCGGCACCGCGCCCUCCCUGUACGGCAGCUCCGGUCUCAUGCAGCCCACCGCGCCCCCGCAGCAUGCAGCGGGACUGGCCCCGCUGGCGCCCCCCUGCGCGAAUGAGGUUCGACUGCAGGAGUUACUCAACCUACAACGGCGGAAAGUAAACACGGAUCCAGGGCCGGGAUUCUAUGAGCCCCGCGACGUGACGGUACGGCGGCGCUUCCGUCGGCAGCACGACCCCGACCUAGACGGCCCCUUCUUUCCGGAAACCGUGCCGGACGGCGCCACCACCCGCAGCCGGGAGAUAGCGGCGCUGAUCCGCACGCCGGGGGACUCGGGGCUGGGGCCUGGGGACUAUGACGGGCUGCUGACCAAGGAUGUGGUGAUGAAAAGUGCACCGACGUUCAAGGUUGGUGUGGUCGACCGGCAAGGCCACGCACCCCACGUCAAGUCGCUCAGCAUCAGUCGCAGCAUCCAACAUGGCAUCGACUGGCACGUGCCCAUCAUCGUGCAACCGCUACCCGUCGCCGCGUCAGCCGCGGAAUCCUCCACCGGUGGCGGCACCGCAGCCUCAACCUCCUCUUCCGACGGCGCCGCCGCCGCCGCUGGUACGACGGCAGCGGGUGCGACGUCACCGCGACCUGCCUCCGCCGGCAUGUCACGCGCAGCACGGCCGCCGACGAUCGAACGACCAAUGUACGGCAGUAGCGGCGGCAGCAGCUCCGGCGAUCUGUCGCCGAGUGGGCGAGGGUCGACGGCGACUGCGGACGUGGCGAUAGGGUUGCCGCCGGCGCCGCCGUCCCAGGUGUCCCGCGCGGUACGGCGGCAGCAGCAGCGACGGCCCGGGGACUGGGAUUGGAACCGCCUUGGGGAGAACUACAGGACGACGUGGACCACAUUGCAUGGAGGGGCAUACUCAAAUGGCGACCACACGGCACCCCGAGCGACCCCUGGGUCACCUCUGAGCUCUUCGGGCCCCUCCCUAGCGCAUCCCCCGCUUGAUCAGGGCAUUUACCCCAUCCUGGAGGAAAGCAGUGGGGCGCUCCGAAACGACCCUUCUGCACCGCAAGGAAUGACGUUGUUGAUGAUGCAAAACGCGCAGUUCGGGGCACAGCAACAACAGCAGCAGCAACAGCAGGCGUAUGCACCCUUGUAUUCCGCUUCAGCCGCACAACAACAACAGCAGCAGCAACAGCCGUACUUUGUGGCCAGCUACAGUGUGGGGCCCGCGACGGCAGGGGCUGGUGGGCUGGGAGGCGCGUCCGCGUCCAACAUGAAGACGUUGCUUUCGGACGAGGACUUGCGGAGAAGGCAGCAGGCGGCGCAGCUAGCUGCCAAGGCACAGCAAGCUAGCAGUCGAGUGUCAGACUGGCAGUCAAAGUUCGCAGGGUGACAAGAGAAAUGAGAUCGGUAGUAUGUACGUGCCGUGCAAUGUCGUACCGUGAUGUACAGUUUAGCGGCUAACACUGGUGCUAAAGUGACUAAAGCAGACUUGACGUGAAGCAGGCUGGUAGCUGAUUGCGGGCCCAUGUGACAUGGCUCGUGGCAGG